CUUGACUUCACCAGACACGCAGGACCGGACUUAACAUUUUUGUCUGGAUAAUGCUCUGCAAAAACGGAUAAUUACCUUUCCAGAUUACCAGUUAAAUAUCGCUGUCAGUAUUGCUGUCAGAUGGAUCGCCUUUAGCACGUUUAUCUAAUGGAUGUACGGGAGUUUCAGCGCAUUUGGGCAUUCCAGGAAAAUCGCACGCAUCACGCGCUUGGUGAAAAAUGCAAGGAAUCUACAGUUCUAAAAAACCAGAUUAAAAGCGAGAUCGACUUUUGGCGUGAUAUAUUAAGAAAUCUGCAGCUUUUGCACAACAGAACUCGAAAUGCUUUAUAUUGGACCCAGCUACCAUUGGAAAUCAAUCAUGAAAUCGUCAGUUUAUUGGUUAAAGCGGUCCAGGACAUCCCGGAUUUCCUUAUGGCGGCAAUUAAAGAUGAAGCCAACGCAAUAAUCCAGCGAAGUGAAGAAAUGUUGAAAAUGCAGGGAGAUGUGCGACAAAAAGAGAUAGAAGCUAAUCACAUCCGAUCGCAGUUGGAGGGCUUUUGGAAUGAUAAGACACUGGCGCUGGACGUGGACGUGAUAGCUCAUAACGUGUCCGUUGAUUCCCGUUUCAUCACGUACAAGCCACUGGCAGAGGGUGCAAAUUUAGCUGUCUCCCACAAUAAGGAAGGUGAAAGUUUCUACCGGACAACCGAUACAAUCAAACGCUCACAAAUUCUGCGUGAUCUGCAACAUAAAUUCUUGAAGGACUGUGAUCGGGGAAUUGCAUUUACGGCUACGGCAAUCCAGAAUGCCCGUGAUAAAGUGAUUUCGGCGUUGGCUGAAGGACAUCACUUAGCACAUCGAAUGAAAGAAUUGAAUCAGGAACAGCUGUUAUCAGCGAACGAAGAGAAAGAACGAUUCAAAAAGGACUAUCUGGAUCUGCGAAAUGCGGUGCACGAUAACAACCGGUCGCUUAUGCUGGCAGAAACCAGGCUUUUUACGAGAACACAAAAACCAUCCACCGAACAAGAAGAUGAUGAGUCGAAUAAAGCCCUGUUGGAUCAGUUACAAACGAUGCAGAAAGUCUACCGCGAUAAUGUCCUUCCAAUGAAAUCGCUUCAGAGAGGCGUUCAAGAUCUUUUGGAUAGUGAAAUUGAUAUUUCUAGAAGUAUUGAACUUGUCAAUAAUAAACUAAUCACUGUCUAUGGGCAAUGUGCUGAGCGGGGUAGAUUUUAUCCAACAUCACAGCAGCUGCUUGGAUUAGGUAGUUCUUACUGAAGAACAAUUCUCGGCCCAGACGUUUGAUGACUGGAGCUAAUUCUGAUGGAAAAAAAUUGUCGCUCGCGAUUCCUGACUGCAGUACGACUGUACGAGUACCAGUAUUUGCGGCAGAGAGUUUAACCAAUUUUCGGUUACUUGCGCACUGCCGCUCUUCUUUUAUUCUUG